CGAUACACUGAUACACUCAUUCAGCCAUCACUUUUAACCAUAAGAUCGAUAGUCAGAGAGGAAGAAAAACUUGAAAAAUGGGGAAUUGGGUUGGGAAGGAAAGGGGUGUUCACCCAGUUGAUGAAGAUGAAGGACUACAUGGAGUUGGAUCAAACAGUCUGAUGAGAAUUAAGCUGCGGAUGACUAAAAGAGAGCUCAAAGAGUUGAUGGCGCAGGUAGACAUGACCAACGGCGGCGAUAAAUCGGAGGAGCUAGGCGGCUUGAUCCUGAAAGAAUGCUUGGAAGGUAGGCUCUGUGCUCGUGUUGUCGCUGUUGCUGCUGAUGAAGAUAGUGAUCCAAAGGUAUCAAAAUAUGUGAAGGGUUGGAUCUUGAGCACCAGUUCAGAAGAAGAAGAGCACCAUCAUCUGUUGUAAUUAAGCUUUUAAAGUUACAAUAUUAUCGUUUCAGUCCAGUUUGAACAAAAGGAGUUAACCCAAAACACGUACUAGUGUUCGUUUUGCAUGGAAUUUAGAUCGAUCUUAUAGAUUUAUUAGAUUGUUCGAGUUAAUCAAGAUGUAGGUAUCAAUUGCAUCAGAUUUAGGUCAUACCAUAAUAGUAGUGUCUUCUCUCUAGAAAAGAAAAAACCACAGCCCCCCUUGAGUCUAGAUUUAGGUGCGUUACAGCGAGAUCUAGAAUUCUAGAUUGACAGUUCUGUGAGAGGGGCUGGCUUCCUCGUCCAGGCUUAUGCCCUAGAAGUUUUUCUUUUGUUAA